AUGUCCUUUCUCACUACUUUAACCACUACCACUAAGCCUACCAGUUUCGCCAAGGCUAUGAAACAUUCCGAAUGGCAUGAUGCAAUGCAAAAUGAGAUUAUUGCUCUCACAAACAACAAGACUUGGACUUUGGUUCCGUUACCUCCUAGCAAAAAGAUUAUUGGGUCUAAAUGGGUUUUCAAAAUUAAACGGCGAGUGGAUGGUUCUGUGGAAAGAUUUAAAGCUCGUCUUGUUGCUAAGGGCUACACACAAAUUGAAGGGGUCGAUUACCAUGACACAUUUGCCCCUGUGGCUAAACUUGUCACCAUCCUUGUGCUUCUUACUGUGGCAGUCGCAAAAGAUGUAUAUAUGUUGCCCCCUCCCGAGUAUCGUCGUAAGGGGGAGACCGUCGUUUGCAAACUCCAACAGUCUCUAUAUGGGCUCAAACAGGCAUCCUGA